AUGGAAGAGUCCUUUUUGAAUCAUCCUCCUCUACAGACGAUGCCAAACCCAAUCACAAUGCCAAACAUUCAACAACAUCAAACUCAAGAUCAACUGCUCAUGCAACGAGCUCAACGCGAUGCACAGCACUACCAGAUCACGACAAUUGACGAGCGUCUCAUCAUCACCUAUCAAAUCGAUCCUGCACGUCAAGACGAUUGGAGAAUUUACUUGCCUUUGAGUUUGGUUGAUGAUGUGAUCACCUGGUAUCACCUUGUGCUUGGACACAGAGGAAAAACGUCAAUGUAUGCUACAAUUGCAAAGCGAUUCUAUUCUCCUGGAUUGAAGCAACAAAUUGAACGAUUCAAUUGUGAAAUUUGCCAACUCAAUAAAGCGGCAAAUGUUCAAUACGGACAGUUACCUGAACGACACGCGGAUUUGGUUCCAUGGUUCUCCGUUGCGGUCGAUUUGAUUGGUCCAUGGAAAAUUGACGUCAACGGUAGAGAACUUGAAUUCAACGCGUUGACUUGUAUUGAUCCCGUGACAAAUCUCACUGAACUUGCUUUUAUCGAGAAUAAAACUGCAACACACGUAGCAAGCGUGUUUGAAAUGCUGUGGUUGUCGCGAUAUCCAAGACCAUACAAAUGUAUUCACGAUCAAGGAGGCGAAUUCAUUGGCGAAGCCUUCCAAGCGAAACUCGCUACUUGGGGAAUCCAUGAUGGCGGAACCACUAGCAAGAAUGCGACCGCAAAUGCGAUCUGUGAAAGAAUGCAUUUGACAGUGGCAAACAUUUUGCGCACCAGAUACAAUAAUGCCGCUCCAAACUUUCAAGUUGCUGUUGAAGAAGUCAAGCGAGCUCUUGCUGCUUGUAACCAUGCAAUGAGAUGUGCUGUAUCGACAGCUUUGAUGAACAAUACUCCUGGUGAGACUGUGUUUCAUCGUGACAUGUUACUAAACAUUCCUGUGAUUGUCGAUCUACUUUCUAUGCAGCAAAAGAGACAGUAUAAGAUCAAUGAAAACUUGAGGAGACAGAACGCGAAACAAAAAGAGUUUGAUUACAGAAUUGGUGGAGAAGUUUUGAUCAAGAAUACUGAUGGAAGAAAUUUGGAUCCGAAAUACAGAGGUCCGUAUCCUAUUACAAAUGUUUACACUAAUGGUACAGUGGAAAUUCAGCGCACAAAUGCGAUCUGUGAGAGGAUCAACAUCAGACGGCUUGUGCCGUUCCGUCGAGUCUAA